UCCUCUUGAGUCUUCAUGGCAGCCACCAUCUUUCUCUGUUGUCUACGUAUCGUAGUCAUUCUUUCCGAUUUAUCUGAUUCUCCUGAGCUAAGGAAAAAAAGAAUGAAGCUCACCCAUUUUAAGGACCCCAUUUCUCUGAUACUACUACCACUACUUCUCUUUUCCUUAUUCCUCUCCAUGCCACAGCUCUCCACCUGCUCUGGAGAUCUCAGAGGAUCUGUUUCUUGCCUUGAUUGCCUUUCUAAUCAUGAUCUCUCUGGCAUUAAGGUUGUGGUGAAGUGCAGCGGAGUGAAGGAGUUGGCCACUGCAACCACGAAAGAAGAUGGUUCCUUCAUUAUCACUCACCUUCCCUCUUCCGACAACUGCCUGGCCAAAAUCGUGGGUGGCCCAACUACUCUUUAUGUGUCUAGGAAAGAUGCCUUCUCCAAGACUGUGCUGCAUAAUCAUCCUGAUUCUGAUCAACAUGAUCACUACUUCAGUACUCUUUCUACCCCUCUAAAGUUUUACACUUCUGACGAGUUCAUGUCCUCAAAAACAUACGAUCUACCGUUUCCACCUGAAUGGGGAUUCCCGCCUUCCCACUAUUACACUACCCCUGUUCCUGCCGAUAGUACUCCUGUCAUGCCUAUCAUAGGCAUUCCAUAAUUCAUGGGAAAUAAUAUGAUAGGAUGAUGCUAUGUAUAAGUAUCUGAUAAUGCUGUUCUUUAAUUAGUAUAUUUAGUGUGUCGGCCUAUAAUUAUAAUUAUGGUUGUUUGUAUUUUUAGCUAAUUAAACUAUCUAUAUAUGGUUUUGCAUUAUCAAUUUUCUACUUAGUAGUAGGUAGUGAAAUAUUAUUAUGUUAUAUGAGGCCUAUCUAUAUUUGUUACUGUAUUUGUACUACUGCAAUAUAUAUUAUAUGUUUUGU